AUGAAGCGCAAAGUCCUCCUCAUGGGUCAAUCCGGAUGCGGGAAAACCUCCAUGCGCUCCCUCAUCUUCUCCUCCUACCGCGCCGCCGACACGCGUCGACUCGGCUCCACCCUCGACGUCGAACACUCGCACGUCCGCUUCCUCGGCAACCUCGUCCUCAACCUCUGGGACUGCGGCGGACAACAGUCCUACAUGGACUCGUACCUCGACAAGCAGCGUUCCCAGGUCUUUUCCACCGUCGGCGUACUCAUCUACGUCUUCGACCUCGUAGCCGCUGCGGAGGGAGGCGAGGAAGGCCAGACAGAGUGGGAAAGGGAUCUGAGGUACUACAAGGAUUGCGUGAGUGCGUUGUACCAGUACAGUCCGGAUGCGCAGGUGUUUUGUCUGCUGCACAAGAUGGAUUUGAUCGAUGCGACGAGAAGAGCAGGGGUGUAUUCGAGCCGUGUGAAGGAGUUAAGGAGGAAGUCGAGGGAGGUGGCACAGGCAGCGGGCGGGAAGGGCGAGGGUUUCAGGGUCAAUUGUUUCGCGACCAGCAUAUGGGAUGAAUCCUUGUACAGAGCUUGGAGUAGGAUCGUCCAGACACAGAUCCCAGCUCUCGGAGUAUUGGAGAGACACUUGCAGUUGUUGGCGGAUACAUGCUCUGCAAGCGAAGUGGUGGUGUUCGAAAGGACGACGUUCCUAGUCAUCGCAAAAGCACUAGGUAGCAGUUGCAAAGAAUCUUCCUCAUCUCCACAACGUCUCACCGGUUUCCACUACGACGAAGAAGAAGAAGGCAUGGAAGGCUUCCGCGACACCCAACGCUCCUCUCUCACCUCCAACUCCUCCGGCUUCUUCAACCCCUCCGACUCGCACUUCUCCUUCACCUCUUCCACAACCACCACCAAACCUUCCGCACAAUCCACGACGCUCGACCCAGAACGCUUCGAAAAAGUCUCGGAACUCAUCAAGAACUUCAAACUCUCCUGCCAGAAGCUGCCCGCCAAAACAGCCCAGUGCGAAUUCCAAGCCGUCGAACUCCGAACGCCCACCUUCUCGGCCUACAUCGACAGCCUCACCUCCAACACCUACAUCAUGAUCCUCGUCACCGAUCCGAGCAUCCAUUUGGCGAGUGUAAAGCUCAACGUCCAGUUGGCAAGGGAUCAUUUCGAACGGCUGCAGGCGAUCAACCUCAGAUCGUAG